CCUUGCGUUUGUGUCCAGCAGACUAUUCAGCGCUGAGUCCGAGAUUUAUCUCUGCUGGAUAAUGGACUGCUUGAUUCAGUUCAAUUUAUUGGCUAUUAACUUUCCUGGCUCAAACAAAUGCAGUCAGUGAACAAGCAAUAAUAAUAAAUAGCAGCGAUCCUUCCAAUGUCCUAGAUACAGUGUGAUUCAUAAUCCAAAAAGAGGAGAAGGAAGUAGAACUUGUUCUGAAUGCCAGCAAAUCUCUGGUAUCGUUUCAGCCUUCCAAUGUCUUGAUUUCAAGUCGAAUGGUACCUCCGAACGUCCCGAAUCACAUAUUAUAAGUAGUUUAAACACCUCAACAUUAACGCUAGCUUUUUUUUUUUUUGCUCGGCGGCGGCUGGAGGUUAAAAAAUCUUCUCGAAGACACCCAGUGUCCCGUGACACCAGGUAGUGUUGGAUUUCUACCAACUAAAAAACCCCCAUUUUUGACUGCAAGUUUCCAGGAGUUAUUCAACUAAUUCAGGCUGCGUAUUAAUUGUCCAAGGGCAAAAACAUGUACCACUAAAGGAAGGAUUAUUGAAUGAUAUUAGAUAUAAUCUAAUCUGGUUUAUUAUUCUAAUCGCUGUGGGUGCCCACAAUGUCGAAUUUCAAUCCAGGGUCCGAAAGAGCCAGUGUUCCAGAGACUGCGAGUCAGACGCAAGCUGGCGCUCCCACUAGCCGUGUAAGCUUGGGGGGCACCACUUACACAUUCCCCGAUGUUACGUUGGGGGCCCCCAGCCCACAACAGGCCAGGGGGCACCUGAGGAGCGUCAGCCAUGGGGGCAGCUCCAACCUGCCGGCAGGAAGCAGUUCGGCUGGCGGAGUGGCCCGAUCUGCUUUGAAAGGUUCCAGAGGACAUCAAAGAGCAUUUUCACAAGGCCAGAUCUCAGAAGUGCCCCCCGUCGGAGCUGAACGGCCGGGGCACUCCAGAGUCGGCUCCAAAACUGACUUCAUUUUGCCACCCGAACACAAGGAUUCUACGAGGGCCGAAGGGGCCACGUCUCGCAUAAGCACCAAGGGACAUUCCAGGCAAGCCUCUACAUCCGAGUCCACCUACACGCUGCGGAACUCUGAUCCUCCUCAUCUGUGGCAGAAACUUUACUAUCGGUUGACGCGGCGCUCCCCCCGGUCUGAGCAAGAGGAACGGAUCAGAACCGUAGUGCCCAAUCACAUAGUGCCGCCAAAAACCCCGCGUAAAGUGCACCCAAAUGGGCGCCGGCCCAACAAUCGGAUUCGGACUACCAAGUACACCUUGCUCAGUUUCUUGCCGCGCAACUUGCUAGAACAGUUCCACCGGGUGGCCAAUUUGUAUUUCAUCUUUAUUGUGCUAUUAAACUGGGUGCCCGCCAUCAAUGCCUUCGGUAAGGAGAUCGCCAUGAUCCCCGUUUUGUUCGUGUUGGGUGUCACCGCUGUUAAGGAUCUGUUUGAGGACAGGCGACGGCAUGCCAGCGACAAGAAGAUUAACAACAGCACCUGUCGAAUCUAUAAUAGGGAGCACUCGAGGUACAGGAAAGUGCUCUGGAAAGACGUACGAGUUGGCGAUCUAAUCCACUUGUCGAACAACGAAGUUGUACCAGCUGACAUCUUGUUGCUGAGAUCCAGCGAUAGCAGCGGACUGUGCUACAUCGACACCGGCCACUUGGACGGGGAAACUAAUCUGAAACAACGACAAGUAGCCAGGGGUUUUAUUGAGAAGCAACGGUGGUUCGAGCCAAGCAAGUUCCGGAGCAAAAUCGAGGUUGAGUCUCCAACCACCAAGAUAUACAGGUUCCAUGGGUCGAUUGUGCACGAUUCCGGCCAACGAGUUCCAGUGGGCACCGACAAUCUUUUACUCAGGGAGUGCUUGCUGAAGAACACCGAUUUUAUUGAAGGCAUCGUUGUUUAUGCAGGCCACGAAACGAAGGCGCUGCUGAACAAUGGAGGUCCCCGAUACAAGCGCUCUUCGCUGGAGAAACAGAUGAACCAAGAUGUGGUUUGGUGCGUGCUAAUUUUGAUUCUGAUGUGUAUCCUGGGCGCCAUCGGAUGUAAGCUGUGGCUAUUGGCCUUUCCAGACUUAAAGUCUCCGUUUCGCGAGGAGAGCGAUCAGAUUGAAGCGUUUCUGGCCUUUUGGACCUACGUUAUUAUUUUGCAAAUCAUGAUUCCCUUGUCACUGUACGUAACUCUGGAGCUGUGCAAGAUUCUGCAAGUCUAUCACAUCCAUCACAACGUCGACUUGUACGAUUCUGUUAUGGACAAGCGCAUCGAAUGCAGGGCGCUCAACAUCACCGAAGAAUUGGGUCAAAUACAGUACAUUUUCUCCGAUAAAACCGGCACCCUCACGGAGAACAGGAUGAUUUUCCGGAAUUGUGCCAUUGCUGGCAUCGAUUACAACCAUCCGGAGUUGGAGAACGAAGCCCAAAAUUGCAACAAGCAGGGGAAUUUGAGUGUGAAGGUAAAUGAACAACUGGUGACAGAUUUGAAUCAGGGAGUUACGGCCGAACAUGUGUUCAGCAGCCGGAAUGUGCACAGCGCCCGAAUUCAAGAGUUCCUACUGCUGCUGGCCGUUUGCAACACGGUGGUGUGUUCCAAGCAUCCUCAUCACGACAACAUGAACGCCAGCGGCAUUAUCGAAGCCCUGCCGAAUAUUCUCAGCAGCGCAGAAGAAGAUUCCGUAAAAGCAGUAGAAACCGCCAGUCCAAAAUCGCGCUCGAUCUGCGACAAGUACAGCCGGCUGGAGGAGUCGCGGUCGGUGACUCCUUCGCCUCCUCUCAACGCCUUCGGGGCCGACAGCAAGCGCUCUUACGUGCCCACAUUAAGCCCCAUUGAGUCGGUGGAGAAUUCUGAGUCGAUGGAGGGCCAGGCUAGCUCGAGAUCGUUACGGCCGAAGCUGCUCUCCAUUCCAAGCAUCGGGUUUCUUAGCCGAAAAUCGAACAGCACCGUCAAUUUAACUGAUGAAGAGAAGGUGAAACUGGGCCAUGCGGCCAGUCCUUUGUCGCCCAGCGACCUCAAACCCAUCUACGAGGCUGAAAGUCCAGAUGAGUUGGCUUUGGUCGACGCCGCAUACAUUUACAAGUGCCGGCUGCUGAGACGCACCCCUACUGAGGUGACUGUGGACGUGCCAAUGAAAGGGAGGAUGAUGUUCAAGAUACUGAACAUACUUCCGUUUGACUCCACAAGGAAGCGAAUGUCGGUGAUCUUUCGCCACCCAACCACUAGCGAAAUCAUCCUCUACUGCAAGGGCGCCGACAGUUCAAUGAUCCCUCGGCUGGUUCCGGCCGAAGAUGACUCUGAGCAGACUUUCAUCCUGAACAAAACACAAGUGCAUUUGGGCAGCUAUGCGCGUGAAGGCUUACGCGUGCUGGUCAUGGCCAAGAGAGUGCUGAGCCAACAAGAGUACAAUGACUGGACGACAAAGCAUCAGGAGAUCGAACUAUCCGUGGACAACGUGGAGAAGAAGAUCCGCGACAGCUACAACUACAUCGAGUGCAACAUGACGCUGCUAGGGGCCACGGGAAUCGAAGACAGGCUCCAAGAAGGGGUCCCAGAGACCCUGACCGCUCUAAUUGCGGCCGGAAUAGUGGUUUGGGUGGUGACUGGCGACAAGCCGGAGACCGCCAUCAACAUCGCCUACUCGGCCAAGCUGUUUUCGCCGCAGAUGGAGCUGCUAAAGAUCAUGGCGCGGUCCAAAGAGAGUGCCGAAAGCACCAUCCGCUGUUACUUGGCCGACAUUGAACUGCAGUCGAACCAGGCUGAAAACGCUGAAGAGCACUGUUCGGCCGGCUGUAGCAGCCGUAUCGGGCCUCAAAUGCCAAAACCACAGGGCCGCGCCCUUGUUGUCGAUGGUAAGACGCUGACCUAUAUUUUGGAUCGGCGCUCGAACCUGACCAAGCCGUUCCUCAAGUUGACCACGGCUUGCAAUUCGGUGUUGUGCUGUCGGGCUACGCCGCUCCAGAAGGCCUACAUUGUCAAGGUGGUCAAGGAGGAGCUGAAAAUGCGCACCUUGGCCAUUGGAGAUGGUGCCAACGACGUCUCCAUGAUUCAGACUGCCGAUGUUGGCAUAGGGAUAUCCGGCCAAGAAGGGAUGCAAGCAGUGAUGGCAGCCGAUUUUGCCCUCUCUCGCUUCAAGUAUCUGGAGCGCUUUUUGCUGGUACACGGCCACUGGAGCUACGACAGGCUCUCUAAAAUGGUGCUCUACUUUUUCUACAAAAACGCCACGUUUGUGUUCCUGAUUUUCUGGUAUCAAUUCUACUGCGGCUUUUCGGGCUCAGUGAUGAUCGACCAGAUGUACCUGAUGCUUUACAACCUGCUGUUCACGUCGCUGCCUCCUAUCGCGAUCGGUGUCUACGACCAAGACGCUCCUUAUCGGCUGCUGAGGGACAAUCCAUAUCUGUACAAGAGGGGCCGCUUGGGUCGCGCGUAUCGGACGUACUCCUUCUGGAUGACGAUGGCGGACUCGCUCUACCAAAGUGUGGUGGUUUUCUGGCUCUGCAAGAUGGCGUACGAAGGAACGGACGUGGAUAUUUUCGAGUUUGGCACCGCCACUACUACGGCCUGCAUGUGCGUGAUGCUUCUGCAUGUCUCUAUUGAGACCAGAUCAUGGACGAUCAUCCAUGCGGCGUCGAUUUUUUGCUCAAUUGGUGCCUUUUUUCUCUACUCGCUGACCUACAACACCUUCUGUGUGAAUUGCUUUGGACUGCCCAGCACCUACUGGACAAUUCAGAUUUCCAUGCACAGGCCUCAGUACUGGCUGGUCACGCUUCUGGCUUGCGUAGUCGCUGUUCUUCCCAGACUGCUGUUUCGCGUGUGUCAAACCAUGUUUGCACCCGACGAGGUGACCAAAGCGCUGCUCGCCGAACGAAAAUCGCAACGACGAGGUGAGAAGUUUUUGGUUUCUUGGUCGCGCUCCACUUCUACGUCCUCGAUUUACAGGAGAACCAGUAACCGGACUCAGAAUAACCCUUUAGCGACAGUGGGUUGAGACCCGCAGACGGAUGAACGACUCAUCAAGUAUAGAUCUUGCAUUUAUCGGCUGUGAUGCAUAUAUUUAAGGGACCAACCAAGGGAUUUUUCAGUCUUGUUAUACUUUCAAAGACCGUUUGUUUUAUAAAGCAGUGUUUAGUUUGCUUAAUGUCUGGACAAUCUCUUUAUUUGCUGGUAAAAGCACCAAAAGUGAAUAGAUUUUCCACUAAGCAGGCACACACACAUAGUUUCACUUGUGCCAUUUCAGUCAUAAUUUGCACGUAAUUCCAGGAACAUUAGGUACUUAUUUAUUGUAGAAAGGCCGCACUGACAGUUACCAUUACUUUAUUUACUUAGUAGGCCGACAUUUGCGAAGCAGGUCCGUUUUGCUAUGUUAAUUAGAGUGUAGUAGAAUAUUAAGAAAGUUGACAAUAUUUCCUAGCUUAUGGCGACUGGCUGAGUGCUGGGAAAAACUGAUCAAUUUUACCCAACUAUGUGGGAAAUUCUUCCUAGUGAUACUGUUACUUCUUUAUUUUGAUUCAUUUUACUGACUGCCUGUAAUUGUUAUUAUAUUUUUUCUUUCCUGAGUUUCUAUAAGUUUUUAUUAGAUUUUUUUAGGCCUGGCUGUCUUCACAACCUCCUCUCUUUGAGGUCUUGAAAACACCCAAGCCAGAAAAGAUUCUAAUGUUUCCCAAUUAUGGGUUUGUUUUGAAUUUCAAAUCUGAUGAUCUGAUGCUGUUGUCUCGCCGAAACGUAAACCUAUGAAAUAAACGAUAUGAACAUUUUUAUUUCAUAUUUUGACUGAAACGCAGGACAAAAAAAUAUAAUAACUGUUACUUGUUCCGAGACUUUUUAAAUUGCACCUCUUUAAAGCCAUAUAUCCUCUUUUGUCUAUAAUCCAUAGUUUUCUUAUUGCUGUCAGUACAGAUUCUUAACCAGAAGUAUGCAGCAGUAAUUGAUAUUAACUUGCCAAACUGUUAGCACAAUUUGUUAUUUACAUAGUUUAUAUUUUUAUAAAACCGUUGUUAGACGUUCGUUCGAUUAGCUGAGUUGAUGCGAAAGUUAGUCUUCCUCGUUUUGCACAUUUACUUUCUCAUUGCAGAUCUAUGGUCAAUUUCAACUAUACCCAGUACAAAAGCAUUAUCCUAUUUUUUACGUUCGUGUAUAAAGUACGUGUGGUUUGACUAACGACAAAUGCCUUAAACAAUUUCUAUCAAGUGAUGUUUUACACGUGUUUACUAUUUUAGAUAAAUUGAAUAUAAAUAUUGUUAAGGUGAA